AUCCUCCCAGGUAUCGUUACAGCCCUGAGCGUCGCAAGAAAGCUGCGUCCUCUCAGUGUAAAGACGCUGGACGGGGACAACCGAACAAUCAAGUCCUAAAAUCAGUCGUCAGAGACAUCUUUCAGGUCUCAGACAGGGAGUGGGGGUCACUGUUUAAGAGACGCCCUCUGCAGGCCACCAUCAGUGGCAGCACGCUGGCGUCCGGUCAGGACGAGUCUGAGGUGGACGGACCAGCUGGGCCGCCAAGGGGGGAGGGGGAGGAGCGGCUGAUCUGCAGCAAGGAAGGGGAGGAGGGGAGUUUGUCUCUGCAGCACCCUCACCAGGCAGCGGAGAGCGAGCUGGAAGAGAUCCUUCUGGAGGACGACCAGGUAGACGACUUCACCAGCUCCAUGCUCGCCGCCUUCGACUGCUGGCCCCAUAGGUUCCAGAAUUGUCCGUCCACCGCGGUGACGGACGGCAACGAUGUCUCAUCACUCGACUUGAACAAAGAAAAAGGACAACCUCCUGAAAAAGAUGGUGGAGCUGAAGUGACGUCUGAGCAGUCGUCCACAGAUGAGCUGCUGCAGGAGAAGACAUCUGAAUCUGGACUGACAGAAAAUGCUGAACCAGACUUUUUGGAUCUGGAGCCUCCUACGAUCUCAGUGUCUCCUCAAAGUUCUGAAAAACUGAAACCUGAAGGAGAUCCAGCCCCCACAGAAGAACCACUGUCUGCCACGCCAGAUUCAGAUUCAAGAACCUUGAGCAGUGCGGAAUCAUCUGAAGAAGAGGAGGAUGACAAGGAGUCGUCAGAAAAAGAGGAUGAAGCCACCAGUAUUCUUCCAUCUUCUGUUCUGGACAAAGCCAGCUCCAUCGCUCAGCACUUCACCAACAGCAUCAAACGAAGCAGCGCAGCUCCAGACAAAGCCCGCACCCUCGGCUGUGCUUCUCCACGGUUACCGAGCAGAACCAGCAGCAGCCUCAGUCUCAGUGCAGAACCCAUCGACCGACCUUUAAGGUUCAACAGCGUCUGUUCUGAUCCUGCGGAGACCUUUGGAGCAACAGAUUUGACUCAGUUAUCUCCUCAGGACGACAGCCUUUUUGACGCUGACAGAAGCAUUCAACGGAGGCGGGACUCCAUCCUGUCCAAACAGGACCAGCUGCUCAUCGGCAAAAUCAAGAGUUACUAUGAGAAUGCCGAGAGCCAGGAUGCCACCUUCAGCCUUCAGCGCAGAGAGAGUCUGACAUACAUCCCAACUGGGCUUGUCAGGAGUUCGGUUAGCCGCCUCGACAGCAUUCCGAAGGAUAACCACGUCCAGAAGAAUCCCUCCACCUUGACUACAUCCUCCAGUCUUGACCCAUCAUCAGUGGAGUUACACUCAACUUUACCCACAGACACCAGCGGUCACUUGGUUUCCAGUGACUCUUUGGACUCUUUAAAGUAUGAUCAGAGAAGCUCAGAUUCAGAAGAAAGCCUCAGAUCUCAGAGCCUGCAGACGUUUCCAUCUGAGGACGAGGAGUUCAGACCCUCAUCUGAAAUGAUCAAGGUCUGGCAGACGAUGGAGCAAAAGAUCACCAGAUCUCAAAGCGACAACAGAGGUUGCCAUGUUCCGAGAAACUCCAGAGAAACUGACGGCAUCACAAAGAUCCCGAACAAGACCUGUGAGCGAGAGAGUGAAGUGUCUGACCUCAGCACCUUCCCAGAAAAAUUAAUGAGCCCUUCAACACUCAAGCAAAAAUCCUCAGACACGACUCAUAAAGGAAGUCUGAAGGUUUUCAGGGAAGAGGCCGUCAUCCCUAGGGCUCCGGUUCUGCGGGUCACUCAACUGAGCGCAGAGGCAGAAAGGCCCCGUGAGGAUUCAAGCAACGACAUGGACCAAACGAAGAGCAAAGUCCUCCACCUGGCUCGCCAGUACAGCCAGCGAAUCAAAACGACACAACCAGUGAUGCGACAACGAAGUCAGGGCAUCUUGAUCAGCAAGAAGAGUUUACCCUGCGUGGUGGAGGAGACGGAGGGUUCAGGUAAAUCGGACCUGACCCUGGCGCUGGUUGCUCAGCUUAAGGCUCCUUCUCUACAGCUGAGCCCCACCGACCAGACCCAGCCUCCAACCUCCAUUCUCAGCUCAGGUUUGGUCUCCAGUGGUCCGGCUCCCUCCUGCAGCCACCUGACUCCUCCUCUCAUCGAGGGCUUUAACUGGCCUGACGUCCGAGAACUCCGCUCCAAAUACUCCGACCAGAAGAGUCCUGUCAACCGGAGUCACUCGAUCCCGGAGCAGAUGUUUGACUGGGGUGUGAGGAGACACUCCAGCUGCUCCUCCAGUCCCUCCUUCACCGAAGGAGCUUCUGGCAAGGGUCCUUCAUACAAGACUCGCCGCAGCCAGGACACCAGCCGGCGAGAACGCAGCAAACGGCUUCAUCGAGCCAAUUCGCUCGACCCUCAACUCAGCGGAGCUCAAAUGUCUGAGCUGCAGAAGCUGAAUGAUCUGGUGACUGACACCGAGUAUGACGGUUACUUUAUCGCAGCUGAGACCAUGUUACCCAAUGACCCUGAACACAAGAUCACUGUCAUCGAGAAACUUCCAGAGCCUGAGUCCGAAGAGACAGCCUCGUCAUCAAAAGAAGAAGAAGAAGAAAAUUACGUUCAGAUCCGUUCACCAACUAGCAGGGAGAAGAUCUCCAUCAUGGCUGUCAUCGACCGCUGCCGAGCCUAUCAGGAAUCUGACGAAUACAAACAGAGAGAGGAGGGUAAAAGUAAAAGUGAGUCUGUGAGGCCUCAAGACCUCGACAAGACAACAGUGUUUCUCACCAAUCAGGAGGAAGAGUCCCAGAAAACAAAUGUGGGACAGAAGACGGAAGUUGGAAAUCAGAGCAUCGUAAAGAACCUGAGAGAAAAGUUCCAGAGUCUGAGCUGAAUAACAUUUUUAAAAUACUGUGAAGCGUUGAAUCAGCGAGGAACCCAAAGAACGUUUGUGUUUAAUUAUAUCAGUAGUGAACAGAUUACUUUAUUAUUAUUAUUGUUAUUAAUUAGAAACCAUGAGAUUGAGAUCAUAAUAACUCAAACCAACUUGCCAAAAAAAUCUCUUGUGCUGUAAAAACAACAGAAACCAAUAUUUUGUGAUUCUUUGGUUGUUUUGUUAAAUAUUUAGAAACAUAUCAAAUAUUUUUAUUGUGGAAAAUGUCUUCAAUCAGGAAUGCUGCGGGAUCUUUUGUGUAUUUUCCUCUUUACAAACAUUAAGAAUCAUCACUAAACUGUAAAAGCUUCAUAUGUGACAGUUAUAACUGUUUUUUUACUGUAAAAAAUUGAAGCUUAACAAUAACCACUACAUUUUCACGUCACUUUGUUCAGUAACACGUUUGAAAGCAUCACAGAGAUUGUGAUAUUCCCUCAGUGUGUCAGGACGGCUUUGCUUAGCUUUAUUUAGCUUAGCACAAAGACGACGCAGAAGCAAAGCUCUUGUGUUUGUAUGACAUGGUUUUAUCAUCACGUCAGAUUUUUAUUUAACAAGAAUUAAAUUCAAAUGUUCAUUUAAUGUGUUUUUAGUCUGAACGACAAACUGUCUGAGUGUCGACAUGCACAGAAACGAACAGAGGGCGAAACCUGCUUCAUCAAGAGAUCAAUGAAAAUAAAAACAAUUCGUGAAAUCAUCUUUUUUUGUUUUAAAUAACUAUUAACUUCUCUCAGCAGAUUUUUAUUAGUAAGAAUUAUUUUCUUCAUGAGCAAAACAUGAAAAUAAA